CCUGUGUGAUUUCCCUCACCUGUCCUCGGCUGCCUCACUCCACCUGCACCUCAUCCCCUCGUCAGUGUGUCUGUACUGUCUUUGUGCUCCCUCUUGUCUUGUCAGUGUUAUUCUAGCGUUUCUCCAUUUGUCCUCAUGGAAAUCACACUCGCAGGCCUGUUGGGACACGACCAGAACUGGACUCCCCGAGGGCCUAAACAAAAGCAGAUGUAGUGUAUUAUAAAGCCUCGGAGUAAAGACCCAGCCUCCACACACCGCGAGGAAACUAUCCAAGAGGCUACAAACUCUGAGGAAAUGGAAUUCGGGGCUUUGCUUCUGCUGACCCUCCUGGGACUCUCGUUUGGGGAGCCAGGCUUUGUACAGAGAGAUUACAUGAAUACCUUAGAGUGGCUGAGAGCUAAAGUGGAAUUCAUAAACAGCUUGGAGGACAAACUGAAAAAUGUUGAGGGAUGGCAGGGCGACGUGGAUGCUCUGGAGGCCAGGCUCAACGCCACCGUGGACGAGCUGACGAGACAGAAAUCUGAAGUGGACAGACUGAGCAAGGAGAAUCAAGACCUGAGAACGAGACUGAAUGCCACAGAGGAGGAGAUUGAUAAGCUGAAACAGAGCAGCGCUAAAGAUGCUCCUCCAAUCGCGUUCUCGGCCAGUUUGUCAAACUCCGGGGAGAUUUACACUGGACCCUGCACAGACAAGACUCUGGUUUUCAAAAGGAUCCUCUCAAACACUGGUGGUUAUGACCACAAUACAGGAGUCUUCACAGCUCCGGUGAACGGUCUGUAUUACUUCACCUUCAGCACCUAUGGCUACAACACUCACGUAGCGGGGGCCAUUCUGAUGAAAAACGGCGUCCGUCAAAUUUCGACCUAUGACAACAUUUCGGCUGAUGGCUCGGACAUUGGCAGUAACUCCGUUGUCCUGCAGUUGGCUGCUGGUGACAAGGUGCACAUGGAGCUGUGGGAUAACGGCAGAGUGUAUGACAACUGGAAUGGACACACGACCUUCAGUGGCUUUCUUGUCUUCCCAGCAUAAAUGAUGAUGAACAACAUGUGUUUCUACGCAGAGGAAAAACUGCUUAUGCAGUUAUAGUGUGAAAUCCAGUUUUUACAAGUCUGUGUAGCCAUGGCUCACAUUACCUUCUCUGUUUUCUAACGAUUAUAUACAAAUCUCAUGCAAAUUUACAGCAAAAUGUCAAUGAAAAAUCUCAAAAACCUGAUGCAUGUUUUUAAUUUUCAAGUAGAUUUUAUUGCAUGAGCCUUCUCCAUGACAAUAAAUGCAAAAUAGUUAACUCA